AGUGCUGCUCCAAAAUUUUAAAAAAAUAUCUGCAGUCGUCCCCCAUCCAUUCUGGGCUAAACUCACACCGGGGACCUACCGAGGACAGGGAAAUCCACAAGCCAAGCAUUGCUAUACAGAUAUAGAUAUAGAUAUAGAUAGAUAUAUAGAUAUAUAACCACCACUGGAGCAGGUGCCUUCACCGGAGGAGAAGUUACCUUUUUCUUCAUGCCUUUAUGAACUUUGGAUUCUACUGGGCGAGAUCGCCUUGAGGUGAUUUGGACUUCCUACCCCUCAUUGCUUGGGGCUGUGACUGUGGUUCCGACAAUCUGCAAACUAUAUCUCAAGUCUCUCCACGGUUCUGGAUUACCUUUGAACUGAACCUCCAACAUGGGCAUUAAGACGGCAUUGCCUACUUAUGAGCUGGGGCUCUACUUUUUGGUCGUGACGUGUGCCAUCGCUUACAGUGGGAUGGAGAUCUUCGAAAGCUCCCAAGGCUUGGCGGAUGAGCUUGGUCUUGAGAGCAUAAACCGAAAGACGUUUCGAGAUAAUAUAAAACCAGGAUGGCAUUAUUUCGGCAGGAAAAUGGACACUGCUGACUUUGAGUGGGCCAUGUGGUUCUCCUCGUUCAGAAACUUCAUCAUCUUUGCCCUUUCAGGGCAUGUCCUCUUUGCCAAGAUCUGCUCCAUGACAGUCCCCCAGCACAGGUCUGUGGUCUACAUGGUCUAUGGGAUGCUGACUGUGCUGGGCACCAUGGGCACCACCUACUUAACGAUUAUCCUCGCGCAUUGCCUGGUGCUCUACACCAUUGCGAUAACUAAGCAGAAGUGGCUUUGCUUUGUCGCCGGCCUCUGCAGCCUGGCCUCGUUCAAGGUGGAGCCCUUUAGCACCUGGCAGAGUGAGUUUGUAACAGGAACUUUUGAUCUUCAAGAUGUUCUCUUCUAUGGCGGGAGUGGCUUCAGCAUCAUGCGCUGCAUGAGUUUCGCCCUGGAAAACUGCGAGAGGAAAGACGGCAACUACUCCAUCUUUGCCUUGCUGAAAUACAAUUUCUACCUCCCUUUCUUCUUCUUUGGGCCCAUCAUGACCUUCGACCGAUUCUAUGAGCAGGUCCAUGUCAGUGAGCUGCGGCGUAAAGAUUAUGAGAUGUGGCACAUCCGACUCAAUGCCAUCAUCCACCUUCUGGCCAUUGUGGCUGUGGAUAUGUUUUUCCACUACUUCUACAUUCUGACCCUCCCUUCAGACAUGAAGUUUGUAAGCCGGCUCUCAGACUGGGCCUUGGCGGGCUUGGCUUACUCCAACUUGGUGUAUGACUGGGUAAAAGCCGCCGUGAUGUUUGGGGUCAUCAACACCAUUGCCCGGCUGGACCACCUGGACCCUCCUCAGCCCCCCAAGUGCAUCACCAUGCUUUACGUCUUUGCAGAAACGCACUUUGACAGAGGAAUUAAUGACUGGCUAUGCAAAUACGUCUAUGAUUACCUUGGAGGGAACCAUGACAACAUCUUGAAGGAGCUGGUGGCCACCAUAUCUACAUUUCUGGUCACCACCCUCUGGCUGGGCCCUUGCGAGAUCGUUUACAUCUGGUCCAUCUGCAAUUGCUUUGGCCUCAAUUUUGAGCUGUGGGUGCAGCAGUUCUUUCAGCUGAAGCCAUUUGCCAGCAUGGAGGGAGGGAUGUCCGAGGCAAUGUCCCGACGGAUCCGGGCCUUCUUUGGGGCGGCCAAUUUCUGGGCCAUCGUCCUCUAUAACAUCCUCGCCCUCAACAGCCUAGACUUUGCUCUUCUCGUCUCCAGGAGAAUCCUCCAAUUAGGUUUCCCUCUGAGCACCCUCUCCAUCUGGUUCAUCACGUACUGCGGUGUGCAGCUGAUCAAGGAGAGGGAACGGAUCCUGGCCAUCCGAGAGGAAGAAAGAGAAGCCAAGGAAAAGGCCGAGUAAAGGAAAACUGCCAGCCGUAGAGCAAUCUCGUAGCCGCAGACCACCUCACCUGUGCAAUAAAAAUCCUUUUGCAGUUCAAAUAAAAAGAUAUUUUCUACAAGA